AUGCCUCGACUUGACGACCUCGAAGUUGAGGUUCUUGCACUCAUAUUUGAAUAUGUUGCAGACAGCUCAGCAAAUUCAGCUCUGAACUUCGCUCUGACAAACAAACUUAUUCAUGCUACCAGCAAGCUUGUUGUACACAGGCGCAAAACCCUCUUUAUCGCACCUAAUUGCGCCAUCUGUCCGGAGGUUCACGACUGGCUAGAGGACGAUAACAUUCUUCGCGGCCUGAGAGACAUGACAGUCGACAGCAAGAAUGUACUAUAUUGGGGAACUGAGCCAUUCCAAAACGAAGCUACCAAUUGGGAGGGACUUGUCAAGCUCAUCUCAAGACUGGGAAAACUCAAGACAUUGACAUGGAAUCGUGCUUCUGCGAUCCCCUUGAGUGUGCUCAACGCUCUCCAUGAACACCAGAAGUCGGCUGAGCUGUUGGUCUACAACUUCCAGCGGAACGAACAGACUGCGGACGAGCACGAUCCAGCUGAAAUCGCAUUAGCUCAUUCUCCCGCAUUGACCGCCAUCAGGACUCAGAUAUGGAGGAACGGAAACACACCGGAUCUCAGACGUGCUUGCUUCGAGCGCAUCGUCGCCAAUGCUCCAAACUUGAGAUUUGCUUCUAUUUCUGAAGGUGUUUCUGGCUGUGUUGUCCAUAUUCCGACUUCCGAUGAGAGCAAGGACGAGGCGGCACGUGCGAAAAGAUUUCAUACACAUCCAAAACCCAACAAAUCCCUGAGACGCCUGACUUUAGACGGAUAUCCUCUCAGUGAGAGCACACUCAAUGAAUGGGCCAGAUUUGUCGAUCUUUCGCAGCUGGAAAACAUCAAGUGCUCUCGAGGCGCUCCUGAUGUGAAUUAUUUCACCAGCGCUCCGAAGUUGCUUCCCAACCUGAAGCAUCUUUCCCUCAACCUCAGCUACGGUGGAAAAAGCCUUUCAGCCGCUGCGGAGAACUAUCUCACCACGUGUUCACCACUUCAGAGCAUAAGUCUCUGGUCCUGGAUGGGCGCCAUUUCUUUGAGUACAGUCUUAACACGCCAUGGGCCUUCUUUGGAAACCCUGCAUCUGCAUGAGAGGGAGACCAUUGAGCAUGACGAUGACGGCAGCAGGAAAGUUCUCACCGCUGAGGAUAUCGCGGCCAUUCGUGAAACCUGCGCACAAUUGAGAGACUUGUCAGUUGACUGCGACCGUCAUACCCGGGAGCUGGACUCAGAACUUGAAGUCGAUGAUGUGAUCAAAGAACUAGCCAAGAUGAAGUUGGCUAAGUUGCAGAUAUAUUACGACCUAGGCAUCGCUAGUCUCGCCAAUCCAAGAUACUACUCGAGCCGGUCACCUGACGACGCUGAUGAUGAUGACUAUGACGAUAACGACGAUGAUAGCGGAAGUGAAGGCGAAGAUCGGAGAGAUGCAGAGGACGAUACCGUGGCCGAGAACGCCGCUGCCAAUUCUCGAGAUGGAGACCACGAUUCCAAGAGAGCCAAACUGCGUCCUGAGCCCAUUCCUCCCUCGACUCAACCGCAGAUGGAGCAGUUUGUGGGCAAACUUUGGCGUUUCAUCUUUGGAUCUCGUGGAAACAGCACUGCACGAGUUUUAGAAGUCAAGUUCGGAGAAUGGGAGCGCAAGAUGGGACGUGGGUAUCCUGCACCAUGGGUGCUCCAGGAGGUCACCCAAAAGACUCGAUGGAUCGCGAAACCUCGCGAGCGCGAUGACGAGCAGGACCAGUGUGCACUGGAGAUGGAGAAGGGUCGGUAA